AUUUAAACAUUACUUGUGACUCGAAAUUUUAUUUUAUUAUCCUGCUUAAGUAUGACCGAUACCUUAAAUGAUAACUUUUAUAGAAUGAAAUAUAAAUCUCAAGCAAGCCCAGAACAGUUUGCAACUUUAUUGGAAUUUAUGGAAAGUUAUGGCGAUAUAACGAGACCCCAGCAAGGGCCACAAGGCCGAAUUAAAGCUGACCGACUGUGGCAGCAAUUAGAAGAGUUAUUAAACUCCAUAGGUGGAGGAGUAGUAAAACCAAGGGACAAGUGGAAAAAAGUGUGGGCAGACUGGAAAGCUAAAACUAAGAAAAAAGCUUUAGCAAUACGUCGUGAGGCUUCUGGUACUGGUGGUGGUCCAGCAGAUAAUACUCUAACUGCUUCAGAAGAGAGGGUGUUAUGUAUAAUGGGUUUGACUGCUGUUCGUCGCCCAACUCAACUCCGCGGCGCCGUAGGCUCCUCCGAGCGCGCACACGCCGGGUUCAAACACCCUUUGAACGAGCCACAAGUGAGUUUGUGGCUGUUGAGAAAUGCCGGCUCCAACUUGAGGCAGACCGUGAAUAAAAUUACCAUCAAAGAGAGUUGGAAAGAUUAA